AAAAUAGCGGGUUAAAAGGAGGGGAAAACCCCAGGGCUCUCCACCGUGGGGUCGGUGGGAAGACGCGCCGCGACUCCCGCUUGGUGACCUUGGCUCUGUUCUUCGCUGGGCGCCGCCGCCAACCUGGGCGUGUUCACGUACCUUCAGCAAAAGUCUGCCCGGAAGCCACCUCAGCCCUGGGAACUCUCCGAGUUGAGCAAAACAAAGGCAAGCCCUUGUUUUAGUCCUUGAGGGAACCACCAGACAGAGUGGAACACUCAACCACAAUUCUUUGAGAAUAAGGUCCAUAUUCCCUCUGGCACUCGCAACCUGCACCAGGAGUGCAGCUGCCAUCUAAUGGAUGCCACCAGUCUGGGGGGCAAGGAAUGGUAUCUUCCAACAAUUCCUCCAACAUCGACCCAGGCAACCACGUUGAAGUGAAUGAUUUGACCACCCAGAUACCCUCAAAAGUGCAGAUACAAGAUAUUACUAUGGAGCUACACUGCCCACUGUGUAAUGAUUGGUUCCGUGAUCCACUGAUGCUAAGCUGUGGCCACAACUUCUGCCAGGCCUGUAUCCAAAACUUUUGGAAGCAGCAAACAAGGGAAACGUUCUGUCCUGAGUGUAAGAUGCUAUGUCAAUAUAGCCACUGUACAUUCAACCUUGUCCUGGAGAAGCUGGUAGAGAAGAUUAAGAAGCUACCCCUACUCAAGGGCCAUCCACAAUGCCCAGAGCAUGGAGAGAACCUGAAACUGUUCAGUAAGCCAGAUGGGAAACUGAUCUGCUUUCAAUGUAAAGAUGCUCGGUUGUCUGUGGGGCAGUCUAAAGAGUUCCUGCAGAUCACUGAUGCUGUCCAGUUCUUUAUGGAGGAGCUUACCAUCCAUCAGGGUCAAGUGGAGGCAACCCUGAAGGAACUUCAGUCCCUGAGGAACAUGCAGAAAGAUGCUAUUGGUGCUUACAAGGAAAACAAGCUACACCUGCAGCAACACGUCUCUUUGGAGUUUCUAAAGCUGCAUCAGUUCCUGCACAGCAAAGAAAAGGACAUUUUAAAUAACCUCCGAGAAGAGGGGAAAGCCUUGAAUGAGGAGAUGGAGAUAAAUCUGAACCAGCUUCAGGAACAGUCUCUCCUAGCCAAGGAGAUGUUGGUGAGCAUCCAGGAACGGAAGGAACAGCAGAACUCCUUCGACUUUCUCAAAGACAUCACCUCUUUCUUGAAUAGCUUGGAGCAAGGAAUGAAGGUGCUGACACCCAGAGAGCUUAUCUCCAGAAAGCUGAACGUGGGCCUGUACAAAGGUCCCAUCCAGUACAUGAUCUGGAGGGAAAUGCAGUCCAUUCUAUCUCCAGGACUAUCUCCCCUAACUCUCGACCCUAAAACAGCUCACCCAAAUCUGGUGCUCUCCAAAAACCGAACCAGUGUGUGGCAUGGUGACAUUAAGCAGGUAAUGCCCGAUGAUCCAGAGAGGUUUGACUCCAGUGUGGCUGUGCUGAGCUCAAAAGGCUUCACAUCUGGAAAGUGGUACUGGGAAGUAGAAGUGGCAAAGAAGACAAAGUGGACAGUUGGAGUCGUCAGAGAAUCCAUCAUUCGGAAAGGCAGCUGUCCUCUAACUCCUGAGCAAGGAUUCUGGCUUUUAAGACUAAGGAACGAAACAGAUCUAAAGGCUCUGGAUUUGCCUUCUUGCAAUGUGAAACUGAUUAACAACCUCGACAAGGUGGGAAUAUACCUGGAUUAUGAAGGAGGGCAGGUGUCCUUCUACAAUGCUAAAACCAUGACCCACAUUUACACCUUCAGUAGCACUUUCAUGGAGAAACUUUAUCCCUACUUCUGCCCUUGCCUUAAUGAUGGUGGAGAGAAUAAAGAACCAUUGCAUAUCUUACAUCCACGGUAAUUAGUCAUACUAUUGUAUAAAUUCAGAGUAUUAUUAAAGAGGUAUUGAAAUAGUUUACCAGUCUCACUGGUUUCUCUUCCCAAUUUAUGUGGAACUCUGGAAUAACAAAAAGAGGAUUCACAAAUUAAAUUCCAUUCUCAGUGUCCUAGGUGGAUUUCACUGGAGCCUUUCAAGAAAGAUGUCAUUCUAAUUCUCUGGGGUCUAGGAGCCA